AUGUUUCGAAGCGCUUCUCGGCCCUUGACUUCCUUUCAUAUCACCGGAGGCGCACGAACCGCGCGAUAUUUUCAUCGAGUCACCACAGAUUUCAUCACCCAUGGCGUGAAAGGACACCUGAUUACUAGGAAAGUGCCUGUUAUUAUUGGCAAUCCGGGAGAGACUUAUGUUUUGAUUGAUCAAGGGGUCGGUAGUGCACUCCGUGCUGCCAGCCCCUGUACAGCUGCUUCCGCGGCAAGUGCUGAAGAUAGAUGUAAACUUACAUUUUUCCAUGAUUCGCAACACUUUGGAUUCAAAUCAUCAAGCUAUCCCCGCCUCUAUGUCCCAAACCAGAUUCCUCGCCAAACGAAGUCAAAUACAAGCCCUGCGACCUUGUAUCUGAGUGGAAAAAUGUAUGAGAUAGUUUUAGAUAGAACAGAUGAUGCAAAUUUUGUCGAGAACGCAAGCGUUACUGGGCGGAGCCUGGCCAGCAUACUCCACCAACUGAAGGAUAUGUGA